CCACACCCCAUCGCAUUCCCCAUCCACCGUCCUCCGCCCAGCACCACCAACGCGCGCCCCGGCGCCUAUUUCAAGCCACGUCCCAACAACUUGCCAAUUCGCACCGCGGGACCGGCGCCGUCUUGUUGCUCCGCUCCGGCCGUGACACGAGCGCACCAGCCACCGCCAGCCCCUCCCCCGUCGACUCGAGCCACAGGACAAGGCAUCCCAACCGCCGCCCAUCUCCUAUCGUCAUCUGCCGAUCCCUCCUCGGUUCCUCACAGUCACAGAGCCUCACGUCACGUGUACCUCCCCCAACCCAACCCAGCCCAACCCAGCCCAAAACCUAGCGGGCGAGGGGCCGGGGAACCGACCGCCGGACGCGGAGAUGGACCACGCGGCGGAGGCGCAGCGGACGGACCUGAUGACGAUCACGCGGCACGUGCUCAACGAGCAGAGCCGCCACCCGGAGUCCCGCGGCGACUUCACCAUCCUCCUCUCCCACAUCGUCCUCGGCUGCAAGUUCGUCGCCGCCGCGGUCAACAAGGCCGGCCUCGCCAAGCUCAUCGGCCUCGCCGGAGAGACCAACGUCCAGGGCGAGGAGCAAAAGAAGCUGGAUGUACUGUCCAACGAGGUCUUCGUGAAGGCGCUCGUCAGCAGCGGCCGCACCUGUGUCCUCGUGUCUGAAGAGAACGAGGAGGCCAUCUUCGUCGACCCGGCCCUCCGCGGGAAGUUCGUCAAUCCUUUGCUCCUCCAUCCCGACCUCGUAAAAGUUCCGCAACGCCGUACUGUCGCUUUCCCUGAUCGCGUGUUAGUUCUCUCUCUCUCUCUGUUCAGGUACUGCGUCUGUUUCGACCCGCUGGAUGGCUCCUCCAACAUCGACUGUGGUGUCUCAAUCGGAACGAUCUUUGGGAUUUACAUGGUCAAAGACAAGGACAACGUGACCUUGGAGGAUGUGCUGCAGCCUGGAACAAACAUGCUUGCUGCUGGCUACUGCAUGUACGGGAGUUCAUGCACGCUUGUGCUGAGCACUGGGAACGGAGUCAAUGGCUUCACUCUCGAUCCUUCCCUUGGAGAGUUCAUUUUGACUCAUCCAAAUAUCAAGAUACCAAGGAAAGGGAAGAUCUAUUCAGUCAACGAAGGGAACGCCAAAAACUGGGAUGGGCCUACAGCCAAAUUCGUGGAGAAAUGCAAGUAUCCUGAGGAUGGUUCACCGCCUAGAUCCUUGAGAUAUAUCGGAAGUAUGGUUGCUGAUGUCCAUCGCACCUUACUAUACGGGGGCAUAUUUUUGUACCCAGCAGACCAGAAGAGUCCAAACGGGAAACUACGCGUUCUGUAUGAAGUCUUCCCGAUGUCAUUCCUGAUGGAACAAGCUGGAGGCCAGGCUUUCACAGGCAAACAACGGGUGUGUUUCAGUUUCCCUUUCUCAGACCCCAAUCCCCAACUGAAAAAUCUUGAUGCUAGAGCUAUCACAUUUGCCUGAGAUAUCAGGGGGAAUUUCAACACUUUUACAGGCGCUUGAACUUGCUCCCGCUAAACUUCACGACAGAUCCCCAGUGUUCCUCGGGAGCUACGAUGACGUUGAGGAGAUCAAAGCACUGUACGCUUCAAUGUCAAACAGCGGUUGACCUUUCUGCCUGAGGAAACGAGCGAGAUCAAAAGCACCGUACGCUUCAGAGUCAACUGCUUGAUCUUUAUAGAUUGUAAUAAAAUAAUAAAAGAGUUUGUAAAAAAAAACAACAACACUGCUUGAUCUUUCUGCAUGAGGAUAAAAAGCGCAUAGUUUCCCCGGUUGGAUAUAUCCAUCAGAUAUUUAUUAUGUUGUUGCCUUCUACACAAAUUUAACGUGCUUUCGUGAUUCCUUAA